CUCAGAGACAAAUAAUUUGGUUUAGAAGAGGGGAGGGUGAGAGGUGUGAGGGAGACUAAAACCUUGUUUUGUUUCAUGGUUCUGCACAAUUAUAAGCUCAGAUACCGCUUCCGGCCCUCUUCCAUAUACAUUCUAGGGAAUGCAGAAGGCAGGGAACAUAAUUAUUUUCAUUUGAUAUGGCAAAACAUCUUGGUAUAUGCCCUGUAUUGCCAGGGUGAACAGUUGUCCUAACUGCCAAGGCGGACAAGGCACCACAAAAUGCGGCUAUGUCUAAGGAAUUUCAGCUCCAAGCACCUGAGCAGGAUGAACAAGAUAAACCAAAUAGCCCAUUUUUCACUAAUAUACAAAGAAAUGAAUUAACUGCUGAUCCAUUAAGGAAAGAAUCUUCAAACAUCUCUCUUUCUAGUUCACUCACAGGCGGAGGGUCAGACAGCAAAUCUUCAAGCUUUUUUAUGGCCCUAGAUUCAACUACUGAAAAUAUGGAACAAAGAGCUCAGCAACUGAUUGAUAAGAUUAAUGAGAACCGGAAGAAAGAUCAUGAGUUCAUGAAUAAUUUCAGAGAAAGUCUAUUGAUGAAGGUUUCAAGCUUGGCAGAAAAGCUGGAAGAAAGGGUGUUUUCUGUUUAUGAUCAUAAUAGCAAGCUCAUUCAGGAUAAACUCCAAGAGUUUUCUGAUAUUAUGGAGAGGAUCAGGCAGAUUGAAACUGAGCUCAGACAAGUCUGUCACACUGUGGAGAUGUUGUAUAAAGAUCUGUGUUGUCAGGCUGAACAAUGAUUAUACAUACAGAAAAAGGAAGAAAGAAGAAGAAGAAACUAAAUGUGGGACAGAAAACCCUUAAAUCUGUGUGCCACAGCAAAUAAAAGACACAGCUUUUAAAAUACAUAUCCAGUGCUAACUCAUACAACCUGUAACAUGUGUUAUUUAGAAUGUAAAUAAAUAUUCAGAACUAUUUGAAA